CACAAAACCUCCGUUCUCGCGGCGCAUGUUUUUGCAUUUUCAUCUUUUUUUUUUUUCCAGACCAUCCCCGUCCCGCUUCAUCAAGUGGGCAUACAGGAGUACACAGUACACCAGCGUAUCGCCGGGGGUUUGAGCCCGCCCUCUGUGCUGAAACCAAUUGGCUCCUCUCAGGCUAUUUUUGGGGUCUUUUUUUUUUUCGGGGGGCCCCAGUCCAAGCGGCUCCGAGGCAAGAAAGAACUGCAACGGAAACAUCAAUACUAACAACAAACAACAACCCCGGCACGGUGGUGGACCAACGGUCCCACGACACUCGGCGGAAGAUGGCUCUUCCGUUCCUGACCGGCUCCCGGCGGGGGCGGUUCAUAACCCUCGCCCUCCUUUUCAUCACACUGGUGCUCUGGUUCACAUACCAGACGCCCUUGUCUACCGUUGUCCCCCACGACGCCUUUGAUCUGCACAAGGACCCACAAUACCCGGACGCAGCGCCCGAUGUCGCCAGGCCACCCCAUGACCCUCAAGACCACGCGACACCGGAACACGACCAUCCUGCUCAGGAGGUAGAGAAGCCUAAGGAUGCCGCGUCUCCGCCGUUGACCUCUACGGGAGGGGAUGCCGGCGAGGGUAGCGAGAAGGCCGAGUCCGAGCCCCGGCCGGGCGAGAGUACAACCAGCACGGCGGCCGAGCAGACCAAGGCGCCCGAGGAGACCGAGAAUGCCAAGGAAACAGGAAAGGCCAAAGAGACCGGACAAGCUAAGGAGACCGACGAGGCCAAGAAGACGGGGACCGCGACCACGGCAACCGCCGCCGCUACUGCCGAACCUUCGGUCGAGUGCGUCGACUUUGAGACGCUGCAGCGACAGAAGCCCGGGCCGCUGUCCGAGGGCCGGCGCAAGUUUCCCUACGUCCGGCCGCCGCCCGAGUGCAGGAAGUUCCGGCUGCCGGCGCUGGAAGCCCUGAUCGAGCGCAUGAGGAAGGUGAUCCGCGACCCGGACCUCUUCCGGCUGUUCGAGAACAGCUACCCGAACACGCUCGACACCAUGGUCAAGUGGCGGGGCUACGCGACCCGCAAGGACGAGGAGACGGGCGAGACGGUCGAGACGGACGAGGAGCUCACCUACGUCAUCACGGGCGACAUCGACGCCAUGUGGCUGCGCGACUCGGCCAGCCAAGUGUACUCGUACCUGCCCUUGUUGGAGGCUUCCGACGACCGGGACUCGCUGGCCAGCCUCUGGCGAGGGCUCAUCAACGCGCACGCGCGCUACAUCAUCAUCUCGCCCUACUGCCACUCGUUCCAGCCGCCGGCCGAGAGCGGCAUCAAGCCGACCAACAACGCGGCCUACCACCAGAACCACCCGUUCCCGGCGUACGACCCGGAGCUCGUCUUCGACUGCAAGUGGGAGCUCGACAGCCUGGCGUCCUUUCUGCAGAUCAGCACCGCCUACUACCGCCGGACCGGCGACCUCGCCUUCUUCGCCAAGUACUCGUGGGUCGACGCGGUCGAGGCGGCCGUGGACGCGUCGGCCGCCAUGCGGCGGGGCACCUACGACGAGGACGGGCGGGUGCUCCCGUCGGCGUGGACCUUCACGGGCUGGACGAACCGGGGGUCCGAGACGCUGACCAACGACGGGCUGGGCAACCCGGUGCGGGAGAACGGGAUGGUGCGGUCGGCGUUCCGGCCGAGCGACGACGCCUGCAUCUUCCAGCUGCUGACGCCCAGCAACAUGAUGUGGGCCGCCUACCUGGAGCAGGCGUCCGAGAUCAUGCAGGGGCUGGCCGACGGCGGGCUCCACGCCAAGGCGGCCAACCUGACCACCGAGAUGCGCAAGCUCGCGGGCGGGAUCCGCCGGGGCAUCGCGCUCGAUGCCGUGGUCCACCACCGCGACUUUGGCGACAUCUUUGCCUACGAGGUCGACGGCUACGGGGGCGUCAACCUGAUGGACGACGCCAACGUCCCCUCCCUCCUGGCCAUGCCGCUGUGGAACUACACCCGCCCGGCGGCCGCGCCGGGCAGCCGCAUGGUCCGGUCAGCCAAGCACGCGGCCCGGAGCGAAGAAGGUGAUGAUAAUAAGGACGGUGAUGCCGCCGCCGCCGCCGCCGGCAAGAAGACGGAGGCCGAGGAGGAGGAGGAGGAGGAGGAGGAGGAGGAGGAGGAGGAGGAGAAGAAGCACGACUACGCCAAGGUGUAUCAGAACACGCGCCGGUUCGUCCUCAGCACGGCCAACCCCUACUUCGCCAAGGGCCCCGCCCUCUCGGCCGUCGGGGGCCCGCACCUCGGACCGGGCAAGGGCUGGCCGAUGGCGGCCAUCGUGGCCGGGCUGACGGCGUUCGAGGACCUGGCCGGGUUCGAGACGGCGCAGGAGCGCGACGCGGCCGUGGCCGAGCAGCUCUUCGCCGUGCUCAACUCGACCGCCGGCACCGGCGUCGUUCACGAGACGGUCAACGCCUGGGACGAGCGCCAGUGGACGCGCGCCUGGUUCGGCUGGGCCAACGGCCUCUUUGGCGAGCUCGUCCUCCGCAUCGCCGUCGACGAGGAGAAGAGGGGCGUCCUCGGCAGCGAGGAGGGCCUCCUGGGGCGCUUGUGGCAGGACUGAUUCCGGGGGGUUUGUUGGGAUUCAUUAUUCGGGCAUAGACAAGCUAACUGUAUAGGUUAUCUACCUCGUGAUGGAUAUUUGGCGUUGG